UUGUCGCGGCAGAAGCGGGGAGAAAGGGCGAAUUAGCGAAGCAGUGGGGGAAAUAUUUACGAUUCCUGCUUUUUCCGGAGGAGUUUUGUCACUCUAUGCAAUUUUAGUUUUGAAUUAUAAGAAAAUACGCUUUACACAGCCAUGCGGCGAAAUAAGGCCGAAGUGGACGACUAUAUUUAUUCAGUAGAGAGUUCCUCUCCUUCACUCAAAGAGAAACCAAUUAAAGGAUUUUUAUUUGCUAAAUUAUACUUCGAGGCUAAGGAGUAUGAACUUGCUAAAAGACAUGUAUCAGCAUAUCUGAAGGUGGCGGAAAGAGACCCCAAAGCACACAAGUUCCUGGGCAAACUUUAUGAGAGGGAAGGAGAUAUCAACAAGGCCAUAGGAUGUUACAAGCGGUCUGUGGACCUGAACCCAGCCCAGGGGGACCUGGUUUUGAAGGUGGCUGAGCUGCUGGUCAGUAAGACCGAGAGAGACAACAGAGCAGAGUUCUGGGUGGAGAAAGCUGCCAAGCUGCUGCCUGGACACCUUGCUGUCUUCAACCUCAAGGAGCACCUGCUGAAUCAACAGGGCCAACAGGGGUGGAACCAGUUGUUUGACCUACUGCAGGCAGAGCUGGCUGUGAGGCCUGGUGAUGCCCAUAUCAACAUCAAGCUGGUUCAGUUGUUCUCCUCCGAUGGCAGGCUGGAGGAGGCUGUCAAACACUGUCUGGCCACAGAGAAGAGAGGCCUGCUUAGAUCCAGCUUGGACUGGUACUCUACUGUAGUACACACUCUGCAGGAAUCCCUAGCCCAGCCCAGUGUUUCGUGCAAUGAGAAGAUGAGGCAACAUCGGCAGAGAGAGCUACUUUUGGCACACUGCAGCCUGCUGAGACUGACUCUGCAGGGGAAAGGACUGCAGCCUAGCAUCCAGGCCCUCUGGAGUUUUGACUGUGCGAUGCAGGGCCUGAAGAGGGCAGAGGGCAGUGUAACAGAUGAUCUGUCUGGGGUCUAUCUGGAGAUGAGGGGACAUCUGUACCUGCAUGCUGGCACUCUGCUGCUGAAGAUGGCUCAUGAGAGAGAACAGCAAUGGCGGGCUGUCAUUGAUCUGGCUGCUCUCUGCUAUCUGCUGGCCUACCAGGUCCCCAGGCCAAAGAGCAAGGUGUCUAAACGUGACCAGUCUCCUCCUCAGCCUCUGGAGCUGCUGGCUAGUGACAGAAAGAGCCAGGCUGGACACAUGCUGCUAAACCUCAAGCCCGAGACACACACCUUUGUCAGAGAGGUGGUGGAGGCGUUUGGGAACCGUAGUGGUCAGGGCGCUUUGUUUGAGUUUUUGUUUGGGCCUCUGGCUCCGGUCGGGUCUUCCUUCAUUGGCAACGAUGACAUCCGCUCCAUCAACACACAGGCUCCAGAGAUAUCUGACCUUACCAAAUGGGAUAACGGCUCCAUCCAGCUCCAUGGUGGGGACCUCCAGCAGCUGUGUUGGCUGGGCCUCCAAUGGUCUCUCUUGGCCCAGAGGCCUGCUCUGAGGGACUGGCUCAAACAGCUGUUCCCCAGGCUCAACCUGGAGACCUCCAAACUGGACACCAACACACCAGAGUCCAUCUGCCUGCUAGACCUGGAGGUGUUCCUGUGUGGGGUGGUGUGGUGCAGUCACACCCAGCUCCAGGAGAGGGCCAGGACCACUUCUACUGGUCAACAUGAGCCCCGCUGCCUGCCCCUGCCCCUCCUCCACCACCUCUUCACAGACAGACAGAGGGACUGGUGGGACGCAGUCUACAGGCUCAUUCACAAACGAGCUGCGCCUGGCAUGUCAGCCAAACUGAGGAUGACGGUUCAACAUGGACUAAGCACCUUGCGAGCCGGAGAGAAACAUGGCCUUCAACCAGCCCUGCCCAUACACUGGGCCCAGCACCUCAGCUCAGCGGGGUUUGGUGUGAACUCCUACUACGACCACGAAUACAUAAGGCGGAGUGUCCACUACUGGAACGUGGUGCUCCCCCUGCUGGACAAGAUCAAGAGGAGACGUGGCAUCCCUGGACCCCUGGACCCCCUGUUCAUACACUUCCCCUCUAGAGACAUAGAGAUCCCAUCAGUGAAGGGCUUUGAGGAGGAGGCCAAGAUAGCAUUUGCGACCCUCCUGGACAUCGAGGGGAAGACAGAGGAGGCUAUCGCUACCCUGGAGACCAUCAACAACAUCUCGUCUAACUGGCACCUAGCUCGGAUCUUCCAGCGUCUGUCUGAGGAGGCCGGUAGCGGGGUGGAGGAGACACAGGACAGGUGCAUCAUGUUCCUCAGGAAGUUCAGAACUUACCUGUCCAAGAUCUACAACGCCAACGCUGACGACAUGGAUAAGCUGCCCGUUUCGAUGGAGGAGGUGAUGGAUCUCCUGAACGAUGUGAAACAGCAGCUGGAGGAGAGUGGAGAAGCGAUGGAUGAAGAGGACGACGGCGGACCGGUCCACUCCAGCCUUCAGUUUACUAAGCCUGAUGCUUCAAUCUCUUGUGUCAAAUUCGCCCCAUUAACCCCCUCCCCCAGCAAGAGCUUGGCCUCUCCCUCCAAAAGACACCUGGGGGGGGAAACUAUACUCCAUUUCCAGAUUUCCCCAAAGACACCACCUCAUUGGGCGGAGGACCAGAAGUCCCUCCUGCAGAUCCUCUGCCAGCAGGUGGAGAGCCUCAAGAAUGAGGUCCAUGACCUGAGGCAUCACUCGUCAGACAGCAUGGCGUCACCCCACCAAAGAAUGUAUGGAGAUGGGUACGGGGCUGAGAGCAUGCAGGAGGGGUACCCCCCAGCACAGACCUUCCAUGGAGCACCCCUCACUGUCGCCACCACACAGGCACCCUCUAUGUAUUACAAUCAAUCCUCUGCUUAUAAUGCCGGACAGUAUCUCCUUCGUACGGCAGCCAAUGUUACUCCAACAAAGGCUCCUGUGUAUGGAAUCAACCGCCUGCCACCCCAGCAGCACAUGUAUGCCUACCAGCAGCCCACAAACACACCUCCCCUACAGUCAACACCAGCCUGCAUCUACCCUCCUCAAGAUCAAGUCUUCGGCGCCCCUCUCCGCUUCGAGUCACCAGCAACCAGUCUACUCUCCCCAUACAGUGAGGAAUACUACGGCCACUCUCAGCCCACCACAAACCCUCCCCUCCCAGAGCCUGGCUACUUCACCAAGCCCUCCAUUGUACCUGUCCAACCACCAAAGAGCAUCGAGGGGAAGCCUGGUGGCUUUGGGAAGAUCUCUUUUGGUCAGCCGAUCCAUGCUGAGCCUCCUAAGUUGCCUAGUUUUGGUGCUGGAAUAGUCGCCCAGUCCACUCCAUCAUCCGCUGCCUUUAAAUUCAACUCCAACUUUAAAUCCAAUGACGGGGACUUCACUUUCAAGUCCAAAAACAAUGAGAGCCUGUUGGGUCUUCUGACGUCAGACAUUCCCACCAAAUCUGAGGGUCCCUCAGAGGGGAAGCACCAAGAGCCUCCUAGUCAGGGAGGGAUUUUUACCUUUGGCCCUAAAAGUGCGUCUGAGUUCUCCUUUGCUGACACAAUCCAGAUCCAGGACAAACCAAACCUGUUUGGAAAAUUUGACCAGCCAUUUAGUUUCACUGAUGUAACCACGCCGGUAUUUGGGCUGGCAAACACAGCAGAGGAGGAGAAGGGAGCCGAGAGCAACAAUGACAGCACUCAUGUGGAGGAAGACGAGGAUGGGCCUCACUUUGAGCCUAUUGUGCCCCUCCCUGACAAAGUAGACGUGAAGACUGGAGAGGAGGAAGAGGAGGAGAUGUUCUGUAACAGGGCCAAGCUGUUCAGAUUCGAUGCGGAGACAAAAGAGUGGAAAGAGAGAGGUAUCGGCUUAGUCAAAAUCCUAAAGCACAAUAGAUCAGGAAAAGUGCGUCUGCUGAUGAGGAGGGAGCAGGUUCUGAAGAUCUGCGCUAACCACUACAUCACGCCAGAUAUGCUCCUGAAACCAAAUGCUGGAUCUGACAAGUCGUGGGUCUGGAAUGCUGUUGAUUAUGCGGAUGAGGAACCAAGGCCUGAGCAACUGGCCAUCCGGUACAAAACGGAAGACGAGGCAUUGCUCUUCAAGACAAAGUUUGAAGAGGCUCAGAAGAUCGUUCCCAAAUCUCCAAAAAUGCAGCAAGAUCAGUCAUAUAGGAAAAAUAAUUUUCCUAAACUCUCUGCUCCAUUGGCGACAAACUUUGCUGCCCAAUUUGCAAAGAAGUACGGGGAGUGGGACUGCGAUGUGUGCUGUGUAAGAAAUGCAGCUAAAGUUAUGCAGUGUGUUGCCUGCCAGACUGCCAACCCUAAUGCCCCAUCAAAGCUGGACAGCGCACCGGCUACUGACAUCAAAGGGUUUACUAGUGGGGCAGCUUCAGUGGGAGGAUUUACUUUUGGAUUUGGAGCUGACUCAUCAAAAGACACCAGCAGCGCAGGAUCUAUUGGAAAAGGAUUUGGGUCUUUUGGAGCUCAGAUACCCUCCUCCUUUACAUUUGGAACCAGUGGCACCACUUAUAUACCUGCUGCUGGUUUUGGUGCCCAGUUUGGAAAGAGGCAAGAAACCACAAAAGUUGCAACAGAAUCAAAGCCCUCAACCAUGCCAUUUUGCUCUGGAUUUGGUACGCAGUUAGGCAUAAAUCCAGGGCAGUGGGACUGCGAUACAUGCGCUUUAAGAAAUGAGGCAUUUGCAAACAGUUGUCUCUCUUGUCAAACUCCUAACCCUUCAGGAAAACCUGCUGCUGGUGCCCCAGCUUUGGCAACCCUCUCAAUUGGGUCUGGAUUUGGUGCACAGUUUGGCAAAAAAACAGGGCAGUGGGAGUGUGACACGUGUCUUGUUAGAAAUGAGGAGUUUGCUAGCAGUUGUGUUUCUUGUCAAACUCCAAACCCUGUAGCCAAAACAGAUGUAGAUGGAGCAGCACAAUCAAAGCCCUCAACCAUGCCAUUUGGUGCCCCGGCUUUGGCAACCCUCUCAACUGGGUCUGGAUUUGGUGCCCAAUUCGGCAAAAAACCAGGGCAAUGGGACUGUGAUACAUGCGUUGUAAGAAACGAGGCUUCUUCAAGCAGUUGUGUUUCUUGUCAAACUCCUAGCCCUUCAGAAAAACCUGCUGCUGUUGCCCCAGCUUUGGCAACCCUCUCAAUUGGGUCUGGAUUUGGUGCACAGUUUGGCAAAAAACCAGGGCAGUGGGAGUGUGACACGUGUCUUGUUAGAAAUGAGGAGUCUGCUAGCAGUUGUGUUUCUUGUCAAACUCCUAACCCUUCUGCAAAAUCAACAGUAGAGGUAGCACCAACAACAGAGCCAACAGUGUCAGACUUUGGUGCUGCUUUUUCAAGGAAGGAUGGACAAUGGGACUGUGACACCUGUCUAGUGAGGAAUGAUGCAUCUGCCUCUAAGUGUGUUUCCUGCCAGACACCCAACCCCAAUGCUAGCAGCUCCUCUUUUAGGGCCAUGUUUGCCCGGCAGGAGGGACAGUGGGACUGUGACACAUGUCUUGUCAGAAACAACGACUCUGCUAGUCAAUGUGUCUCCUGUCAGAUGCCCAAUCCCAAUGUUAAGAGCAUAGCCACAGCCGCCAAUUCCAGCUCAUCCUUCAGCUUUAACUUCGGGAGUCGGACUGCCUCUACUCAACCCACAGGCACUGGGUUUAAAGCAAACUUCAACGGUGACAGCUCUUUGCAGUUUGGCACAGGCAAAGUUGAUAAAAGUUCCCCUGCAUCCUUCAAGUUUGAGACCCCUCCUCAGGCUGAAAGCAGUACCCCCAGUGCUGCAGGCUUCUCUUUCACCAUGCCCAUCCCAGCAGGUGGCUUUAAGUUUGGCACUCAGGAAACUGCAAAGGAAACCCUACCAGCUGAAACUCAGACUCCUUCUUCAGGGUCUGCGUCAAUGUUCCUGAAGAAUAUCGCAGAGCAGCACAGAGAGAAGGAAUCUGGUGUCAGUGUAUAUCCAUCAGUGCUGUCAGUGGACAAGACGGGUCAGGAUGAAAAUCCCCUCUUCAUUGGCAAACCCAACGACUUCAGUUUUGCAGACUUGGCUAAAAACUCACAAGGAGACUUCCAGUUUGGUCAGACUGACUCCAAUUUCAAAGGCUUCACCCGCGCUGGUGAGCAGCUGUUCACAUCCCUUCAGUCAAACCAAAGGGCAGACACCUCAGCUGACCAGGAUGAAGAGGGCAUAUACAAGACAGAGGAUAAUGACGAUAUCCAGUUUGAGCCUGUGGUCCAGAUGCCAGAGAAAGUGGACCUGGUCACAGGAGAAGAGGACGAACAGGCCCUCUACUCCCAGAGAGUGAAGCUCUUCAGGUUUGACGGAGACAUCAGCCAGUGGAAGGAGAGGGGCGUUGGGGUCCUCAAGUUCCUGAAGAACGCCACCAAUGGCAGGCUCAGGGUGCUGAUGAGGAGAGAGCAGGUCCUGAAGGUGUGUGCCAACCACUGGAUCACCACCACCAUGAACCUGAAGCCCUUGGCUGGCUCCGACAAGGCCUGGAUGUGGCUGGCUAAUGACUUCUCUGAUGGAGAUGCCAGACUGGAGCAACUCGCUGCCAAGUUUAAAACCCCUGAGCUGGCUGAGGAGUUCAAACUGAAGUUUGAGGAGUGUCAGAGGCUCCUGUUAGACAUCCCACUGCAGACUCCUCACAAGCUUGUUGACACAGGCAGAACUGCACAUCUCAUCCAGAAGGCAGAGGAGAUGAAGUCCGGCCUGAAAGAUCUUAAAUCUUUCCUGACCGAUGACAAAACCAAGAUCAAGGAGGACGACAGCCAUGCUAACAUCACGACAGCCAGUAACACCUCUGGUCUGAAUAUUAAACCCCACGCAGAGAACACUGGCCCUACCUUAGAAUGGGACAACUAUGACCUGAGAGAGGAGGCUCUGGACGACAGUGCUGACACCUCUGUCUACGCCUUACCCCUGGCAAGCAGCCCAAUCAGGAAGAACCUCUUCUGCUUUGGAGAAUCCACAGAGGGAUUCAACUUCAGCUUCCAGCCUGUCGUCAGUCCCGCCAAGUCGCUGGCCAAGAUGAACCAGAGCGGGGUGUCUGCGGACGAGGAGCAGGACAUUAGCCAGGAGGAGGAGCGGGACGGCCUGUACUUUGAGCCUGUGGUUCCCCUGCCAGACCUGGUGGAGAUCUCCACUGGAGAGGAGAAUGAAAAAGUGUGUUUCAGCCACAGGGCAAAGCUGUAUCGCUAUGACAAAGACCUGAACCAGUGGAAGGAGAGGGGCAUCGGAGACCUCAAGAUACUGCAGAACUGCGAUACCAAACGAGUCAGACUCAUCAUGAGGAGAGACCAAGUCCUGAAAAUCUGCGCCAACCAUUGGGUCACAUCUUCUAUGAAGUUGGAGCCCAUGAAGGGUGCUGAGAAGGCCUGGGUCUGGAGCGCUAUUGACUUUGCUGAGGUAACUAAGGGAAAUGUUGAGCAGUUAGCUGUCAGAUUCAAACUGAAGGAUGUGGCUAACUCCUUCAGAGAUAUAUUUGACCAGGCUAAAACUGCCCAAGAGAAUGAGAUUCUGGUCACUCCAAUCGCCUCCAAUGAGACCCUUACUCAGGAGGAAGUAAUAGCGACGGGGACAACCGUGUGUGGACAAGCUGCUGUGGCCAUCCUGGCGGAGACCACCACAGAACGGACGGAGCUGAAUCAUGAGACUUUACACACCCCUGACUGUAAGUCCUCCACCGGUACUCCACAUAGCCCUCUCAACCUCUCCAGAAUGGUGAUGUCCCCACCCAAGUUCCUCUUUGGAACAGACUCUCUCCAAAAGUUUUUCGGCAGCAGCCCACCAUCAUCCAAGCAGGAUAGUUCUCCAGAGAGCUCCAAGGUUAAAGACAGCGGUCGGACCUCCCAGCCUUUAACUGCAUUCAAAAUCUCAGAAAAAGCACCCUCCCAUGCGGAGGCCGACAGUGAGGUGGAAGUGGUGUAUGUGAGGCAGCCAACAGUUGAGCAGGCUCUUCUGGCUAAGGAACUCCUGCUGCCUCUCACCUUCUUCUGCUACCAGAACGAACCAGGAUAUACCAGCGACGACCAGACUGAUGAUGAGGACUUUGAGACAGCAGUUAAAGCCCUGAAUGGAAAACUGUACCGGGAUCCUCCUGAGAGAGAGGCUGUAAGUGCAGGUUCUGUAGGCCAGGCCGAGGCAGGUGUUGAAGGUCUGGACCCGGAGGUUGAGGUUUUAUGGGAGAGGAGGCCAACUCCAGAGGAGGAACAGAAAGCCAGGAACCUGCAGCUGCCUUCAACCUUCUUCUGUGGUGUAGGCAGCGACAGCGAGGCAGAGAAGGACAAGCCAGAGGACUUUGAGACAGAGUUCCGCAAAGCACAGGAGGCUCUGGAUGCUGAGAGAAGCUCAGACCCUGUUUCAUCUGAGGAUGUGUCCUCCAGCACCUGCGAUACAGUGCCAGAACAACCGGUCCCAGACCAGUACCCCAGCAGCCAGGAACAGGCUUCAGAUCAGUCUGGGGCAGAAGUCCAGUCCACUACAGCAGAAGAACAGGUCCCAGAUCAGUCCUUAACCAUACAGGAGGCUGAAAUCCCAACCCCAGGUAGCCAGGAACAAGCUACAGAACAGUCGGUUACCAUCCAGGAGGCAGAAGUCCAGUCUUCUACAGCAGAGGAACAUGUCUCAGAUCAGUCCUUAACCAUUCAGGAGGCUGAAAUCCCAACCCCAGGUAGCCAGGAACAGGCCACAGAUCAGCCGGUUACCAUCCAAGAGGCAGAAGUCCAGUCAUCUACAGCAGAAGAACAUGUCCCAGAUCAGUCCUUAACCAUACAGGAGGCUGAAAUCCCAACCCCAGGUAGCCAGGAACAGGCCACAGAACAGUCAGUUACCAUCCAGGAUGCAGACAUCCAAUCUUCUACAGCAGAGGAACAGGUCCCAGUUCAAUCAGUAACCAUCCAGGAGGCAGAUGUCCAGUCCUCUAUAGCAGAGGAACAGGUCCCAGUUCAAUCAGUAACCAUCCAGGAGGCAGAGGUCCAGUCCACCACAGAGGAGCAGCAGACUCCAGAUCAGUCAGACUCCACUUCAACACCAUCGCAGACUGCCGUCUCCCUCAGCAGGGAGCAGGCUACCACUCCAAACCCUUCAGAAAAACCUGCUGCUAGUCCCCCAGCUUUGGUAACCCCCUCAUUUGGUUUUGGAUUUGGUGCACAGUUUGGUAAAAAGCCAGGGCAGUGGGAGUGUGACAUGUGUCUUGUUAGAAAUGAGGAGUCUGCAAGCAGUUGUGUUUCUUGUCAAACUCUAAACCCUGCUGCCAGCAGCGGGGAACAGGCUCCAGAUCAGUCAGACUCUACUCCUGCAGCUAUCAGCAGCAGCCCUAUAGACCUGUCUGCCAAGAAGACCUCUGAGCCUGACUCCAAUACUACAUUUACUACAACCACUACUCGGGAUGCUCUUAACUCAUUUGGCUCAUUGGGCUUCAGUGCUCUAGGAGGGGAAGGAUUCUCCUUUGCUGAUCUGGCACAUAACACUGGGGGGGAAUUUGCCUUUGGAAAACAAGAUUCCAACUUCUCGUGGGCGAAUGCCGGGGCUACGUUGUUUGGAGCUGCAGCCCCAGCCAAAGCUGAGGGAGGGGAGGAGGAGUGUGAUGAAGGGGACACUAAUAAUGUGGGCAUUGACUUUGAACCCAUAGUCUGUCUACCAGAGGUGGAGACUAAGUCAGGGGAGGAGGAUGAGGAGAUCCUGUUUAAGGAGCGUACCAAGCUGUACCGCUGGGAGAGAGACCUGGGCCAGUGGAAGGAGAGGGGUGUGGGAGACAUCAAGAUCCUCUUCCACCCCGAUAAGCGGUUCUACCGGGUGCUGAUGAGGAGGGAGCAGGUGCUGAAGGUCUGUGCCAAUCACACCAUCUGUCAGAGCAUGGAGCUCAAACCCAUGAACACCUCUAACCAAGCCCUAGUCUGGACAGCUACUGACUUUUCAGAGGGUGAGGGUAAGGUGGAACAGUUGGCAGCCAAGUUUAAGACCGCGGAGCUGGCCGAGAGUUUCAGGAAGACCUUCUGUGAGUGUCAGAGUCGAAUGAGCCAAUCAGAGGCCUCCACCCUCUCCUCCCCCCAGCUGUCCAGGGUACAGGAACAUUCCAGAGACACCAAUCCCCAGGUGUACCUCUCUAUCUCUGCUGACGACGAGCCCCUGGGAACGGUCACCAUAGAACUGUUCUCUCACAUCGUCCCCAAGACAGCUGAGAACUUCAGAGCGCUGUGUACAGGACAGAAAGGCUUCGGGCUGCGCAACACUGUCUUCCACAGGGUCGUACCCGACUUCAUGUGUCAGGGUGGAGACAUCACCAACCAGGAUGGGACAGGAGGGAAAUCCAUCUACGGGCACAAGUUUGAGGAUGAGAAUUUUGACGUGCGCCACACAGGCCCGGGGCUAUUGUCCAUGGCCAACCACGGCCGAGACACCAACAACUCCCAGUUCUUCAUCACUUUGAAGAAGGCUGAGCACUUGGACUUCAAACACGUGGCCUUUGGCUUCGUCAGAGAGGGCAUGGAUGUGGUUCGCAGCAUGGGAGAGCUGGGCACCAAGACUGGCAAACCCAGCAAGAAGAUUGUCAUCACCGAAUGUGGACAACUGUAGAGCUUUGCUCUGUUCACUGGCUGUUGACAACUCAACUGUAGAGCUUUGCUCUGUUCACAACUCAACUGUAGAGCUUCGCUCUGUUCACUGACUGUUGACAACUCAACUGUAGAGCUUCGCUCUGUUCACUGACUGUUGACAACUCAACUGUAGAGCUUCGCUCUGUUCACUGACUGUUGACAACUCAACUGUAGAGCUUUGCUCUGUUCACUGACUGUUGACAACUCAACUGUAGAGCUUUGCUCUGUUCACUGGCUGUUGACAACUCAACUGUAGAGCUUCGCUCUGUUCACUGACUGUUGACAACUCAACUGUAGAGCUUCGCUCUGGUCACUGACUGUUGACAACUCAACUGUAGAGCUUCGCUCUGUUCACUGACUGUUGACAACUCAACUGUAGGGCUUCGCUCUGGUCACUGACUGUUGACAUCUCAACUGUAGGGCUGAGAUCUGGUCACUGACUGUUGACAACUCAACUGUAGGGCUUCGCUCUGGUCACUGACUGUUGACAUCUCAACUGUAGGGCUGAGAUCUGGUCACUGACUGUUGACAACUCAACUGUAGGGCUGAGAUCUGGUCACUGACUGUUGACAUCUCAACUGUAGGGUUGAAAUCUGGUCACUGACUGUUGACAUCUCAACUGUAGGGCUGAGAUCUGGUCACUGACUGUUGACAACUCAACUGUAGGGCUGAGAUCUGGUCACUGACUGUUGACAUCUCAACUGUAGGGUUGAAAUCUGGUCACUGACUGUUGACAACUCAACUGUAGGGCUGAGAUCUGGUCACUGACUGGACGUCUAUCGGCCUUCACUCUGGCCAUGGACUGGACAGUGAUAGGCUUUCAAACUGUGGAGUGGACAACUAUAGUUUGCAAAUCUCAAAUGAGACCCUAUACCUCAUGUAAUGUACAACAUGUUUUUUUUUUUUUGCAGAGCCCAUGUGGAGUGCACUAAGGGUUCUGGUAGUGUACUACAGGGGAAAUGGGGUGUCAUUUGAGACCGAGAUGGUCUCCUUUUCAUAAGUGUUGCCCCACCCUGAGGGCAGCAUGUGACUGCGUGAAUCUCCAGACUUUAUUUUUGUGUAUAAUGUACAUUAAAUUCUUUUCAUGUGUUCUAUUAAAAGUUGAAAACACUGGUUCCUUCAUAAGCUCCCUAACUGGAUUGUUUUGCAUAAUUAAGCCUUAAUUGAGAUUAACAAGAAACCUUGUUUAAGAACCAACCUCAGUUCAAAAUGAACUAUGUUCCUCUCUCCUGCUCCCUGUGAAUACUUUUAGGUGUGGUGGUGUGUUUUUGUGUAUACAUUGAUUUCAUAAUGUGCAAAUCAUUGAGACGAACCUUGUUCAUCUUAAACUCCGAAAGUAGGAAUAUGAAGAACUAUAACCUGCUGUGUGACACUUUGGGCGGGGGAUGACAUGAUAUCUUGUGGUUGUGGAAGAACCUUCUAUGGUUUUCUGUUGACAAAUAUCACUUGGCAUUGAAACAAUUCUUAUUGUCAAUAUAUAAAUGAUGCUGGAGAAUGUCUUUAGAAAUAAAGUUGCUUUAUACUGAUAAUUAUGAGGAUGCCCUUUACGAUUUCAAACACACUACAUGACUAAAAGUAUGUGGACACCUGCUCGUUGAACAUCUCAUUCCAAAAUCAUAGUCAUUAAUAUGGAGUUGGUCCCCCUUGCUGCUUUAACAGCCUCCACUCUUCUGGGGAGGCUUUCCACUAGAUGUUGCAACAUUGCUGCAGGGACUUGCUUCUAUUCAGCCACAAGAACAUUAGUGAGGUUUGGCACUGAUCUUGGGCGGUUAGCCCUGGCUCGCAGUCGACGUUCCAAUUAAUCGAAAGGUGUUUGAUUUGGUUGAGGUCAGGGCUAUGUGCAGGCCAGUUAAGUUCUUCCAUACCGAUUGAGACAAACCCCCUCUGUAUGGACCUCGCUUUGUGCACAGGGUCAUUGUCAUGCUGAAACCGUAAAAGGCCUUCCCCAAACUGUUGGCACAAAGUUGGAAGCACAGAAUUGUCUAGAAUGUCAUUGUAUGCUGUAGCAUUAAGAUUUCCGGUCACUGGAACUAAGGGGCCUAGCCCAAACCAUGAACAACAGACCCAGACCGCUAUUUUUUUCCACUGCUCGGCUCAUUAAGAAGGAAAGAAAUUCCACAAAUUAACUUUUAAGAAGGCACACCUGUUAAUUUAAAUGCAUUCCAGGUGACUACCUCAUGUAGCUGGUUGGGAGAAUGCCAAGUGUGCAAAGCUGUCAUGAAGGCAAAUGGUGGGUACUUUGAAGAAUCUCAUAUCGAAUAUAUUUAGAUUUGCUUAACUUUUUUGUUUACUGCAUGAUUCAAUGUGUUAUUUUGUAGUUUUGAUGCUACAGAUUUUGAUGCCUUCACCAUUAUUCUACUAUGUAGAAAAUAGUAAAAAAUAAAGAAAAACCCUGGAAUGAG